UUCUCACUGGAUUUUCUGGUUCAAAUGCGUUUGCAUUAAUAACACGAAAAGAUGCGAUGGUUUGGACUGAUGGUAGAUAUUUUAUACAGGCGCAAAGUGAACUGGAACCAGGAUGGAAAUUGAUGAAGGAGGGUAUUCCAGAUGCAAUUUCAACAACUGAUUGGAUGAUUCAAAAUUUAAACAAAGGUAGUCGAGUAGCUUUCGAUCCACAACUCUACAGACAUGCUGAGGCGUUACGAAUAAUGGCUGAGCUAAAGAAAUUUGAUAUCAGUGUGAUACCUUUGAAAAGUAACUUGGUCGAUUAUAUAUGGCAUGAUAGACCGGAAGAAAUUUUUGGGAAGAUUUUAGUGAUGAAAGAUGAUGAACAUGGAAUGGAAAUGUGCAAGAAAAUUGAGAAAAUACGGCACGAGUUACAACUGAAAGGCUGCAAUACAGCAGUUUUUACUGCCCUAGAUGAUAUUGCUUGGUUGCUCAAUAUUCGUGGUUCGGAUAUUCCUUAUAAUCCGGUUGUUUAUGCAAUUAUUUUCAUGACUCCAGAUGAGGUACAUUUAUUUAUCAAUAAACGGAAAUUAAACAAUGAAAUACUGAAUCAUCUUUCAAACAUUGUCAUUCAUGAAUAUUACGAAGCAGCCGAAUGGAUUGGACAAUGGCUUCAAAGCCAUAAAGGCCAAUACAAAGUUUGCAUUCCAGACUCAACAAAUUAUGAACUAGGGUCUUUGGUCGAACCAGAUGAUGGCGUGUCAUUACCUUCGCCUAUUCAAUUUGUAAAAGCUAUCAAGAAUGAAUCAGAAUUAAGUGGGAUGCGGAAAUCAAGUAUCCGUGAUAGUGCUGCAAUAAUUGAAUAUUUUGUUUGGUUGGAAGAGCAGAUUGCUGCUGGGAAAGAAAUUACUGAAGCAGUUGCUGGUGAGAAAAUGGAUGCAUUUCGUAGCAAGCAACCUCUUUUUGUUGAUUUAAGUUUCAAAACGAUAGCAGCAGUGAAUGAGCAUGCAGCUUUGCCACAUUAUCAGAGUACCCCAGUAACGGGUAAACAGUUACUAACCAACACAUGCAUAUUCUUAAUCGAUUCUGGUGGACAUUACCGCGAUGGAACAACUGAUGUAACACGAACAAUUGCUUUUCCGGAUAAUACGGACAUGGAAUUCAAAAGAAUGUUCACUUUGGUUCUUAAAGGACAUAUUGCUAACGCUAGGCUCAUUUUUCCUGACGGUGUAAACGGAAUACGCAUGGACGCAUUAUCAAGACAGUAUCUCUGGAGUGAUGGACUAGACUUUCAGCAUGGCGUAGGCCAUGGUGUUGGACAUUUUCUUAAUGUGCAUGAAGGACCAGUUGGUAUUACAUUUCGCAAAUACGAAAAAGAAGGUGGAAUCCGCAAAGGACAUGUGAUAACAAUUGAGCCUGGUUUCUAUGCUGAAGGCAAAUGGGGCAUAAGAAUUGAAAAUUGUUAUGAGAUCGUAGCUGCUGACAAAGCGCGUUCAAAUGCAAAAAAUUUCCUAACAUUUUCACCGUUAACCUUGGUCCCUAUACAAAAGUCUUUGGUGGACAAAACUUUACUUACGUCAGAUGAGAUUAAAUGGUUCAAUAGUUACCAUACUAUGUGCUUUGAAAAAGUUGGUCCAUAUUUAUUGGAAACAGGCAAGAAAAAAGAGCACGAGUGGCUUGUGAAUGCCUGUGCUCCAAUGUAA